AUGGUCGAAUCGGUGGUAGGAAAGCUCAAAGAGGCAAUGAGCAGUACUUCAGAGAAGGACGAUGGAUUUGAAGGUCACCCCGGUAAUGUUAUUGUGGUGUCUAAUCGUCUCCCUGUGACGAUCAAAAAGAAUGAAACUACAGGGCAAUACGAAUAUUCUAUGUCUUCAGGGGGGCUGGUGACGGCCUUGCAAGGGCUGAAAAAGGCUACCACCUUUCAAUGGUUUGGAUGGCCCGGACUUGAGAUUCCAGAUGAGGAAAAGCCAGUGGUGAAGAAAGACCUUUUGGAGAAAUUUAACGCAAUUCCAAUUUUUCUCUCAGAUGAGCUAGCAGACCUGCAUUAUAACGGCUUCAGUAACUCCAUUUUGUGGCCAUUGUUCCAUUAUCACCCUGGUGAAAUUAACUUUGACGAGAACGCCUGGUUGGCAUACAAUGAGGCAAACCAGGCUUUCGCGCGCGAAAUAGAAAAGGUAUUAUCGGAUAAUGACCUUGUUUGGGUCCAUGACUAUCACCUUAUGCUUCUACCGGAAAUGUUGAGAUCUGGAAUCAAGGAGCGGAAGCUUGAUAACGUUAAAUUAGGGUGGUUCCUUCACACACCUUUCCCAUCAUCUGAAAUCUACAGAAUAUUGCCUGUGAGACAGGAAAUCUUGAGAGGUGUAUUAAGCUGUGAUCUCAUUGGGUUCCACACUUACGAUUAUGCGAGACAUUUUUUGAGUUCGGUACAAAGAAUUCUGAAUGUCAAUACACUACCUAAUGGUGUAGAGUAUAAAGGCCGUUUCGUCAAUGUUGGUGCAUUCCCGAUCGGUAUCGAUGUUGAUACUUUCACUGAGGGUCUAAAACAAGAAGAUGUGAAACAACGUAUACAGCAAUUGAAGGAAACUUUCAAGAACGUGAAGAUCAUUGUUGGUGUUGAUCGACUUGAUUACAUCAAAGGUGUUCCCCAGAAACUACAUGCUAUGGAGGUGUUUCUUAACGAACACCCCGAGUGGAUUGGUAAAGUUGUUCUAGUUCAAGUUGCCGUACCAAGUCGUGGCGACGUGGAAGAGUAUCAGUAUUUGAGAUCAGUUGUGAACGAAUUGGUUGGAAGAAUAAACGGUCAAUUUGGCACAGUUGAGUUUGUUCCUAUUCAUUUCAUGCACAGAAGUAUCCCAUUCCAAGAAUUGAUAUCCUUAUAUGCCGUCAGCGACGUCUGUCUGGUGUCCUCGACUAGAGACGGUAUGAACUUGGUAUCUUACGAAUAUAUUGCCUGUCAACAAGAGAAAAAAGGUUCGCUAAUUUUAAGUGAGUUUACUGGUGCAGCUCAAUCUUUGAAUGGGGCAAUCAUCGUAAAUCCAUGGAAUACAGACGAGCUAGCAGAGGCAAUAAACGAAUCACUUACCUUGCCCACCGAAAAGAAGGAUGCAAACUGGGAAAAACUGUACAAAUAUAUUUCCAAGUAUACUUCUGCGUUCUGGGGUGAGAAUUUCGUUCAUGAAUUAUACAGAUUGGCUCCAAACGGCGGCACAGCUGCUCAGGAAAAUUAG